UCCGCAAAUACGAAAAAAGCUAGUGUUUUCCGGUCGUUGCGUUAUCGAGUAUAUUAAGUUUAGGUUAAGUUAUAUAUUAAAUUUCAUUCUUUGACGUGUGGGCAUUAGUGAAUGGGUCCGAUUGAAGUUUAUUGAAAUAUUUAUUUGCGCAUACGAUUCGAGAGACAUAUAUUGCCUUAUUGUAAAUCUCACGAAAUCCGAAACACUUUUCUUUCUAACAGCAAGCACAACACUAAUGGAUAAAAGGUUUAGUUGAAUUGAUUGUUUCGUGAGAUUAUAUGAGUGUUCAAGUAACUGCAUUUUUACUUAAAGCAUCGACAAAGUACUAUCAAAGACCGACGUUUUAUAAAAGUUUGCUUCACUGCCAAAAUUUGAAUGUUAUGAAAAUUUACUCAGAAGUGGUAACUUUUAACGGAACUUUUAUUGAUGCUUGAAGGAAGGAAAGAACAAAUGUUAUUGGACUCUACAUACAUAUAUAUUUCGUCAAACAAAAUAUUUUAAAGAAGUAACAAAGCAACUAUUUUUUGACUGGACUGCUAUGUUGAUUGCGGUGAUUUGGUUACGAGCGUACAAACAUGAUGUUGAGAAUGGUGUGUCCAAAAUGUCAGCAUCAUUUUCCAGUAAUGGGAUGCUGUUUAAAAUGGAAUGAUGAAACUAAUGAAAAAGAAAUGAAGGAAGAGGAGGAGGAAGAAAAGAAGAAUAAACAAAAGGAAAAGAAUGAAGAAGAAAAGGAAGGAAAAAAAGAAAAGGUAAAAGAGGAGGUAAGAAAGGAAGAGGAGGAUGAAGAAGAGGAAGAAGAUGAAGAAGAUGAAGAAGAAGAGGAGGAAGAGGAAGAGGAGGAAGAAGAGAAAAAGGAAGAGCAGAUAGCUGCUAAUACUAUCUGUUCAACGACAGCAACCUAUUACGUUAGUAGUCUCCCACUGUCCCAUGACUGCACCAGCGGUAGCAAUUGUUUUAUAAAUCCAUCUACAAAGAUUCAGGAAUCCACCUUUCAAUCGCAUGCAAUCAACUCGUGCGGCUCAAAUGUUGAAAUUACUGAUUCUGAUACACUGGAACUCUUCUAUGAUAUACAGACGUCGAUGAAACAUAAUCACCAUCCGCUAUUAACAUCGCCAAUACAUCAAUCGAAUGAUCAAGAUCCUUUCAUUACAGUAACAGAAAAUCUUAACUAUGAGAUGGCACCAUCGGAGCAGUAUGUCGCAACUACAUGCAAGCUCACUGGCGGCAGCGUCACGAUUGCUACACCUGAUAUACAGUCAGGUGGUUGCUUAAUACAACGUACAGAACCCGAAAUUCUGCUACAAACUUCGCAAAUCAAAAUUGAACCAAAGCUUACCGGUGGCGGUUGUCUUGUGCAGAAGAAAUUGACCGUUGAAGAUGAACGAUUAGCGACAUCUAAAUGUACAAAAAAUUUCGCAGCCAAUAAUCAAACAUUUGUUACGCCGCCCAAUGGUUAUUCAGAAUUACCUACGAAUAUAAGGGUGACAUCAUCUGAAACGAUAAGAGAUAACGAAAAUAACGAAAUAACAAGUACUGAAUCAAGGCAGCAAAAGAUACCAAACAUGAUCAAAACAAAUAACUGUUGCGAUUGCAAAAGUACGUUUCAGCAGAAUCAUUGUCAGUAUCAUCAUAGACGGAUAUUUGAUGCAUCUCUCGCGGAUAAUCGUGACUCAUUACUAUUAGAGCCUAUUGGUAACAGCGUACAAUUCAGAGUAAACGCUACUGUACAGCUACCUGCAAACCUGGGUCAGUGCACUGUAAACAUCACAGCGACAACGACAACGCCGCCGAAUCAGGUUGUGGCAAUGAAAUUGCCAGGUCGUGGUAGAAAUAACUUUCAUGGAGGUGGUCUCGUGCAACCAAACGAGUUGGACUGCGCAAUGGUGAAUCAGAUUGUUGCAGAAAACAAGAGUUAUAAUAGUACCGAGCAAGUGGAUGAAACGUUAACAGCUCCAAUGUCCUGGCCACUAACUGCCUGGAGCCCGGAUGUACAUGUAAAUAAAUUACGCGAAGUAAAAAGAUUAUUACAGAUUUGUGGUUGGUACCAUGAGGGCAUCAGUCGGCAGCAAAGUGAAAACCUUUUAAAGGAUGCAUCCAUAGGUCGGUGGCUAAUGAGAGACAGUUCGGAUUACAGAUUCACUUUUGCAGUAUCUGUGAAAACAACCAAAGGCCCUGCUUCUAUUAGAGUGCACUAUUUCCUCGAACAUUUUCGGCUCGAAACUACCGAUCCUAAGUUAGCAUUGUCGAUGCCAUUUUUUGAUUGUCCUAUUAAAAUGUUGGAGUACUAUGUCGCGUAUUCAAAGAGGAUGGAUGAGCAUCGUAGGGAAGUGUGGGUUGACUAUAGUGGACAACUAUAUAGCCAGAUCUAUUUGACCAGUCCUUUUGUUAAAGAAGUUAGAUCACUGUCGCAUUUAGCCAGACUCGCCGUGAAUCGAAACAAGUUGCCUAUUGACUGUUUACCACUCUUAAUUAAAAACUAUAUCAAGGAAUAUCCAUAUACGCUUUGA